AUAUAACGACAUUAUCAUGGAAGAAAUUAUACAGUAGUACAAAGAAUUCAGUCUUUGAUCGAACUUUGUAAAUACUAGUGGGAGGAAAUUAUAGAGCCAGAUGUGUUAAAUCUUGAAGGCUAGAGACAGGGCAAUCAAAUCAAAAGUUUCGGGUAGACGCCUUCUUCAUCAGCAGGCAAAAAAAAAACAACAAGCCAGAAACAACUAAGAAUAAUGAAUUCAAAGACGUGGCUCUCGUAGAGUAGCAUCCGAUGUGAAGCAUGGACAGGAACCGUUUUCCAACCAUGACAACAGCCAGCAGUAACACAACUGUAACAAAGUUAGGCAGCACUCAAGCUUUGGUCAUCGAUGACGUCCUCAGGUACAUUGAAUAUUCUUCCCCCGCGAUAUCGUUAGUGAUCGGAUCACCCGGCCUCAUCUUCAACAUCAUCAACACGGUUAUUUUCCUCAAACUCGGCGUCCGAGACUGCAUGUCAUUGUGUCUGCUCUCUCUCAGCUUAACGGACAACGCUUCCCUUCUGUUCGGACUCAUGUCGGCCUGGUGCCGGUUGACCUACAGCAUAGCAGCGACGACGGGGACAUUCCUGUACCUGGACCCCUUGUCGGUCUGGGUGCUGUUGGUCCAGUGUCAGUUCUGCUUCUACGAUCUGUCCACGUACACAACCGUCUUCAUCUCUCUUGAAAGAUGCGCAUGCGUCAUGCUGCCUUUCCGGUUCAAAGAACUCUUCACAUACGGCAGAUCCGUUGUCGUGCUGACGCUUCUCUACACGUUCACGUUUCUACUCCACGUCUUCUUCUUCGCGUUCGCGGGAUUUCGCCCCGUCCUUGACCCCAGGACCAAUGCUACUCGGCUGGUAAUGUGGAACUCACCACGCAAAAAAGUUGUUGACGAUUAUAUUCAGCCCUUGAACAACAUUUUUCUCGCCUCGCUGUCUCUAACGCUCAUCCUUAUCACAAGCGGGAUCAUGGUUACGGGACUUGUGAAGUCCGCCGAGUUCCAAGAAAAGAGCAAUGCCAAGGCCUUAACAAGAAAAAUGGGUGUACAAACUCGCCGAACGUCAGGUGUCGCCUCAGAUGCUAGCUUAGGACGCAUGAAGAUAACCUCCAGGUCUGACACGGGAACUGCCAUGGACUCAGACAGGGCCGCUGACCAUCGUCCUAAAUCACAGCGAGCUGAUGUUAAGGAGGAGUUAAAGGCGAAGAACAAAAACAUGCGCUUGGCCAGAAUGGUGACCGUCCUGGCCAUCAUAUGUUUCGUCUGCAAUUCAGUCCGGUUCGGCGUCAUGGUGGCGCUGUACAUGGACUUUGAGCUUCGCGCUACCGGGAAGCUCAGCCUGACGGUUCACGUCAUCAGCGGCCUGGCCUUCGUCACCCAAGUCAUCAACUGCUCCGUCAACACCGUUGUUUACCUGACAUGCAAUCCGUCAUACACACGAGCGUUCAGGAAAUUGUUCCGUCAGGCCUAGCUCCCUUAUACGUGUGACCAUGACGUCAACACUUUGAGUGCUUCGGGAUUCAUUGCUAGGAAAUUUACUUAUUUCUAUUUUCAAUAUUCGUACAGCCAGUAGGCGAUACUGGAACAAGGUUAUGCGGUCGCUUGAAAUUAAAAAAGACAGGGCUGUAAAAAGAAGAAGGUUUCGACCAAGAGCCUUCCUCAGCAUCCAGGAAGAAUGAAAAAACAACAAGAAUAAGGAAAACAGUUUAAAAAAACUUAAGUUCUCUUUUCCCUGUCCUGUCAAGCUUCCACAUCACCUUGUUUCACCAAUUCCUUCACGCAGCUUGGAACGCAGUCUUUCAUUGAUUAGAACAGCGGUUCUCAACCCGUGGGUCGUGACCCCUUUGGGGGUUGCACGACCCUCUCCCAGGAGUCGCCUAAGACCACCCGAAGACAAUAUGCUCUAAAGUUAUGAAGUAGCAACUAAAAUAAUUUUGCGGCUGGGGUUCGCCACAACACGAGGAACUGUAUUAAAGGUCCGCGGCAUUAGGAAUGUUGAGAACCACUGGAUUAAAAAAAAAGAUGUAGGAAGAUCUGGAAAAAUAAAAGGUGUGGAUUCGUCUUGGUGAAUCAGCGAUGAUGGAUUAUACAUUUGUUUGCAUAUGCUCCGAAGUAGAACACAAGCCGCUUCCAAAGACCGGGACAUUUAAAAGUAUAUAACAAGAGAAGUGAGUUAAAUGUAAGCACGACGAAAGGAAUGAAUCGCAUUGCGCACCGCUUACAGUUAAGGCACUAACAAAUAGAGAG